AGUGGUAGUCGAGCGCAGAUAAGGACAGAGGUUAGAUAGAAUAUGGCUCUCUCCAGAGGUUUGAGAUGCUGUCAAAGGGUUUUCUCUUGGAUACCUGUACUUAUAAUAACCUCCGUGGUGUUGUGGUCAUACUACGCCUACGUGUUUGAGCUAUGUCUUUUUACACUCACCAACCCAUUGGAAAAAGUGGCCUACCUACUGGUAUUUCACGUUUGCUUUGUGAUGUUCUCCUGGACCUACUGGAAGUCCAUAUUUACCCCACCUGCAUCACCAUGCAAAAAGUUUCAGCUGUCGUAUUCAGACAAGCAAAGAUAUGAGAUGGAAGAGAGGCCAGAUGCUCAGAAACAAAUCCUGGUUGAGAUUGCAAAGAAACUGCCCAUCUUUACUCGAGCUCAAUCUGGAGCUAUCAGGUUCUGCGACCGCUGCCAGGUACUGAAGCCUGACCGCUGUCACCACUGCUCGGUCUGUGAAACAUGUGUCUUGAAGAUGGACCAUCAUUGUCCCUGGGUGAACAACUGUGUGGGCUUUUCCAACUACAAGUUUUUUCUGCUUUUCCUCUCCUACUCCAUGCUGUACUGUGUAUUCAUUGCAGCAACAGUCUUUCAGUAUUUCCUCAAAUUCUGGGAGGGGGAAUUGCCAAAUGGGCCAGCAAAGUUCCAUGUCCUCUUCCUCAUGUUUGUGGCGCUCAUGUUCUUCGUCAGUCUCAUGUUCCUCUUUGGCUACCACUGUUGGUUGGUGGCCAAGAACCGAUCCACUUUAGAGGCCUUCUCAGCUCCAGUUUUUGUCAGUGGACCAGACAGAAAUGGCUUCAAUGUCGGCAUACGCAGAAACCUGCAGCAGGUAUUUGGAGAGGAUCGGAGACUGUGGUUCAUCCCUGUCGUCACAAGCCAAGGGAAUGGCCACUACUUCCCCUUGAAGAAUCGGAGUUCUGAAUCCCAGAACCCCUUAUUAGCUAACGAGGACACGUGGGAGGAGUCAGAUGACGGCUCUGAGGAAGGAAGCCUGGUUGAGGACCACGACCCCUCUGUUACCAUAGAGAUGGAGGAAUAGAGAUUUCAUGUAAAGACAAUUUACACUGGUACAGAGGAUGUAGAUUAAUAUUGCUCACACUGUGUGCCACGAUCAUGUGGAUGGUCAGACAAUAUGAAAAAAAAUCUGAAGGGGGCCAAAGGUGUGGAUUUGGAUUGUCAUUGCCACUUUUACCCAGGUGUUUUACAUAAUGGUAUAUAUAUAGAGAGAGAGAAACUCAAUGGACAACCAGUAGCAUCUCCUCUCAUUGACAGCAGUAUCAGUUUGAUUAGAAAACAAAACAACUUAUCAAAUCAAUUAUUACCUCACAUACAGAAAGACAACUGCUGUUUACCAUGGAUCUUAUAUAUUUCCCUCUGGUUGUUCAUCUCAAGGCACUGGCCUCUGUGGGAUUAUAAAUUACUGUUAAUUGGGAAGCUUCUGUCUGGCGCUGUACUAUUUUAAAUGCCUCUGUUUCAGUGUUGGGCCGUGAGUUUACAGUGUUGCACCUUAGAGCUUGGUCUGUGCAGGGUGGUAUCUAAAUUGACCUCACUCUUAAUGCUCCAGACGUCUCUUGCAGUGAUUCAGUUAUCUGACCUCUACCAGUUUGGGUCUUGCAGCAUAUUAAUACAAGAUUUUACUUUAUUUUUUUCAAUGAACAUAACCAUAUUAGAAUACCUGACUUAACCUGCGCCUUAUUAAUAUAUUUAUUCUUGUGUUUUGGGAGUCCAUUUCUCCUAAGAAUGUAUCUAGCACCCUGCUUGUGAGUAGACUGUGCCAACAUUUUUGGCACCUAUUUACAAAAGAACCUCUCAUAAUUAUACAUUAAUAAAGAUUUUCAGCAUUAGUAUUGAGUUAAAAUGCCAUUACCAAUGUCUGAUCAAACUGGUGACAGUAAUGAAAACAAAACUAGUAUACAUUUGUUGCUUUGGUUCAUAGCUACAGCUCAUUAUGAAAAUGAAUGCUGAAAUCUCAACCAGUGUUAUGGCAAACUUCAGUCAUAUCCUGAAUAUACUGUAUAUCAUGACUUAAAAGGUGUUGGCUACAUUGCCGACUUAAAAAUCAGUUAGAUUAUUUAAGUCUGGGAUGAGCAUAGGAGGAAAAAAAAAUAAUUAUCACAGUCUUGUUUUCUACCAUGUCAGCCAUCCCUAGUACACUUCUGUGUGGAUGCAAAGUGACAGGAAAGUCUAGUGAGAUUAGCUUUCGUCAUAGGCAAAAUCAUACAUAGCAGAGGAUGUAGGUUCUUUAUCUGUUUUCACUUUUGAUCUUUUUAAACAUGCACAUAACUGUACAUAUAAAUAAUGACUGAUCCUCAUCCACUGGUUGGUAGAGGUCAGCAGUCUUCUGCGAUAUGAUGUCCUAAAGUUUUUCUACCUGUGUUUAUGUAUUUUGAAAUUUUUAAUACCAAUGAAACAGAUUCUCCUCAUUGAGACUGUUUUGGUUUAUGGAUUUGUGUAUUUAGUGUACUUCGUUGAAAACCAUUUCUGUAAUUGAGUAAAACCAUUUAUUCAGUAUGAAUAAAAAGUUGGGCCUUUAUCAAACCUUGAUGCUGUUUGAUCUUGACACUUUGAGAUCAAACCUCAUCAGAUCUGUUUUUCUACUAUGUUGGGUAAGCGAAAUCAAAUGCUGCUCAUGUCUGAGAAAUGCAUUACAUAACUCAUUUAUUUAUUCAACAGUUUUUAUCUGAGGUAAGAUUCUGAGAAUGAUAUGAGUGUUUGAAAGCAUGUAUAAAACAUUAGGAAAGAUGUGGAUGUUGAGUGUUUCAUGUAGUCUUGUGUCUAUUUAUUGUUAUAAUAAUCUUUUUUCCUGUGUAUUGAGUUUACUGAUUCAUAACUGCUGCAGGCGGUGUCUGUAUAUUAUGCUCCGUCAAGUGACACUUAAAAUAAACUAUUGAAGCAACGUGCUUUUAUCAAAUCGUAGGAUAUUUAUAACAUGAGAAGAUGACAAAUUAUACCCAGUUUGCAGACAGGAGUUCAAUAUUGCUAGAGCACAUACAGUAUGGUCCCUUUUGAAUUGUUGGUGGAGUAUGUGAUUGUGGCGCUUCCCUUUUCAACACUUCUGAACCACCAAAAGUACUGAUACUGUUUCAUUUGUUUAACAAAUAUAAAUUCUUUUUCCAUCAGUUGUUGUAACAUGCAAAAUAAAAUGAUCCAAGUCAAACUCUU